AUUAUAAAAUAAUAACAAAUUUGAUGAAAAAGAAAUCCAUCGGCAUGAUCUAAUUCUAAAUACUCUUAUAGGAAAAUAUGUAAGUAUUUUAAUCUUUUAAAAAUUUCAAGGAAUAAUAAUCUUACAAAAAAGAAAAUUAAAUGAUUAUUAAAGAUUACUAAAAGCAAAGAGGUCAAGAGAGCAGAAUCGAUGGCAGCGAUAAGUCGAGUGCAACUCCUGCACCACCCAUCAGCCAUCUUGUCUAGAUUACCCCAUUCGCCUUCCUCCUCCUUAACCCUCAAUCUCCGCCGCCGCAAAUUCUCCAGCACUCCUCUCCUCUGCUCAUCAUCAUCAUCAUCAUCCACGAAUGCGUCCGUAGUCGGAGAUCUUUUGGAUUAUCUCAACGAAUCCUGGACUCAGUUUCACGCUACAGCUGAAGCAAAACGACAGCUGAUUGCUGCUGGCUUUCAUUUACUAAAUGAGAAUGAUGAGUGGGAACUUAAGCCUGGUGGACGCUACUUGUUCACUAGGAAUAUGUCUUGUUUGGUCGCUUUUGCUAUAGGAGAAAAGUAUAUCGUUGGUAAUGGCUUUCAUGUUAUUGCUGCUCAUACAGACAGCCCUUGUCUCAAAAUUAAACCAAAGUCAGCUUCAUUCAAGUCCAAUUAUCUCAUGCUCAACGUACAGACUUAUGGAAGUGGUUUAUGGCACACUUGGUUCGACAGAGAUCUAAGUGUUGCAGGAAGAGUCAUUGUCAGAGCUAGUCAUGGUUCAUUUCUUCACAAGCUUGUCAAAGUAACGAGACCUCUUCUACGAGUACCCACAUUGGCAAUUCAUCUUAACCGCACAGUGAACACAGAUGGAUUCAAACCAAAUCUAGAGACUCACCUUGUUCCACUACUCGCAACAAAACCUGAAGAAGCACCUGCAGAAUCAAAAGAGAAAAGUACUUUGUCUUCCAAGGCUGCUCAUCAUCCACUACUUAUGCAGAUUUUGUCAGAUGAGCUCUGUUGUGACGUUGAUGACAUUGUCAAUAUUGAGUUGAAUAUUUGUGAUACCCAACCUAGCUGCCUUGGAGGUGCGAACAAUGAAUUUAUAUUCUCUGGAAGGUUAGAUAAUCUUGCUUCAAGUUAUUGUGCUUUGAGAGCUCUGGUUGAUUCAUGUGGAUCACCUGUUGAUUUAUCAAGUGAACAUGCUAUUCGGAUGGUUGCUUUAUUUGAUAAUGAGGAGGUAGGUUCAGAUUCAUUUCAAGGAGCGGGGGCACCAACCAUGUUUCAGGCAAUGAGACACAUUGUUGGUUCCUUCGCGAAUAGUUAUGCUGGUGAGAGUGCCUUUGACCGUGCAAUUCGCCAAUCUUUUCUUGUAUCUGCUGAUAUGGCGCAUGGAGUUCAUCCAAAUUUCAUGGAUAAGCAUGAAGAACACCAUCGACCAGAAAUGCAUAAAGGUCUUGUGAUCAAGCACAAUGCAAACCAGCGGUAUGCUACCAGUGGAGUAACAGCUUUUCUCUUCAAAGAAGUAGCAAAAAUUCAUAACCUUCCUACUCAGGAAUUUGUGGUAAGAAAUGAUAUGGGAUGUGGAUCCACCAUUGGUCCAAUACUUGCUUCAGGGGUUGGUAUUCGUACUGUUGAUUGCGGCAUUGCUCAGCUUUCUAUGCACAGUGUGAGAGAAGUAUGUGGGAAGGAAGAUAUAGACAUUGCUUACAAACAUUUCAAGGCAUUUUACCAAACUUUUUCCAGCAUAGAUCGGAAGCUGAUUGUCGACUAAUUGCUUGAAGUUUGCAGUGGGAGUCAGUACAGUUCGGGUGGGAACUGGAGCUAAGACAAGAGCUUUGUUCUGGAUUAGAGCGUCCUUUGGCUUAGCUUUUGCUUCAGCUCGGACAAUAAAGCCUGGUUCUUUUGGUUUAGCCGUUGGGCCUUCCUCCUCAACCUCUCAUUUUUUUUUUUAACAAAAAAGGCUGUAACCUGCUAAAUGUCAUAUCUUAAGGUGACUUUAUAAACUAGUUGAGUUAAGCUUUAGGAUCAACCUCGCAUUUUCUUUGAUUAUGCAGUAAUUCUGCUAGUAUAGCUUUGACUUGAGUUUAUCCAUCUCAGAGUUGUUUUUCGUUUCCCCCGAAAUUUUAUGCAAUAAAAAUUGAUGACAUUUGAAUAACAAAUAAUAAGAUAAAUAUGGCAAAGUACAA